AUGACAGCUAAACGCAUCUUGGCUGCUGCCCUGGUCUAUUCAACGGUCUGCAUUUGCCUCUUCGCCCGAGCCGCAACUGCCAACGUCGAAAAAAUCAUCUUUACCGGACCUCGUCCAUCGGACUCCGACGACGUACUUUCCUCGCUUGAUAUUCUCAGACUAUCGCCAGACGACGAGCUGUCUGCGCGAGCCGACUUGCGCCGCGUAUUCGUGCCCGAGAAAUCUCCGUCACGUGGGUUAUCGUCAUGGAUCCUAAUCACGAACUUGACCGAAAACCAGAAAUAUGAAUUGAGAAUCUGUUGGUCAGCACUGGAACCAACUCGGUUCAACAUCAAAGCUCAUACCCUGGGUGCAGCCUUGGGAAAUGUUGAGCUCCUCCGAUCCGUCAAAUCCCAUGCAGUUCCGCAGCGGCAUGCCCAUGGCAUCGAAAGGAAAGCAAUUGGUUCCUUGGAAAAUCUUUCGGUCCUGCUGUUUGAGAUUCAAGCAGCAGCCGACUACUUCACAGACGAUAAGAAGCUGAUGACGACUCCUCCACCUGUCCUGGUAGACCUAAUACUAGACCCAUACCUGUUCAACUCCCUCCCAGAGUCUCUCUUGCCGACCGUAGGAUAUCUCAUCUUUGUCGGGGCCAUAAUGUGGGUCGUGGCUCGGAGGGUCGCAUCUUUUCUGCAAGGAGCGGCUAGCUCAUCAGAAGAAUGGGAGAAGAAGCGGAAUUGA